AUGGCUCCAACUUCAAUCCUUUCGCGGCGCAAUGGGAGCGGCACUGUUGGCACGGGAGAUGGCGAUUGGCGAGCAUUCGCCUCGGACGAGGACUUCAUUCUGGAGGGCUGGUCGGAGGGAUUCAUGGUCGGCGCACUCGUCAUCAUGGCAUGCAUAACCAUUGCGAAUAUGAGGAGGGGUGUUCUUCUGCACAAGCUGAUUUUGGUCGAGCAACUUGCAGCACUCUCACAUGGCACAUUCUGCUUCAUGGGGUUCAGAGGAUAUGGUUGGUACCUGUCCUCGACGGCCACCCUGUUGUACAUCUCCUGGAUCGUCCACAAUAUUGUCGCCUGGAUGAAAAUCAAACCCUUCUUCAUGGAUUCCAGAAGCAUGUUCAAGCCCGAAACCGGCAAAUGGGUACGGAGGAUAUACCUGGGCACCUUGGCCCUCACGGUGCCCUUCAUCUGUUGGCAGAUCUCGAACAAUUUUCGCUUCUUCAACAAUAUCAACGACUUCUAUGUCCGGGUCCGCCCCUAUGAACCGCUCAUGAGGGACCCCUGGUGGGUUUUCACCUGUCUGACUCUGUUUUAUGUGAUCAAUUCCGUGUACGGUACCGGCGCUUUCGAACUCAUCAAGCGAUCUCCUCGAUUUGGGAUUUUGCUCGCCGCCAUCUGUCUCGCCCUCAUCUUCACAGCGGUCGACAUUGCUGCCAGUAUCCACAAUUUCACCGGCAGUACAGACGGCAUCAACCCGUGGUGGAAACUGAGUCUCGUGUUCAAGUGCCUCACCGACACCAUCAUGCUCGACGACUUCAAGACCGAACUGAAGCGUCUCGGCAUCCGUCGCAUGCGCAAGGAAGAAUUGAGAAGGCAUAGUUUUGCCCUGGUCGACGACCCCAACGACUACAAGGAAGGAGACGAUCAAAUGGAAUUCUCUGAUGCGCUAAAUACGAAUCCCCUCCAAUUCCAAACCAUGCAGAAUUUGGAUGACAGCCCCAGAAGCAGCCCCGUGGGUCGCUUACGACACGAUUCCAUUACCAAUCCUCAAACGAAUGAGAAGGAAGUCGUCGGGAAAUCGGGCAAGAAGAUCUCCAAGCUCCCGAGCCUCAAGGACUUCCCAUUCACGUCUGGAGGUCGCAAGAAAGUCCGAAUCCAGGAUCCUGAGAAGCGCGAUAAUGGAGGAGACUCGCCACGUCCCUCUGCGCCAGCCUCCGACCGUUUGGCGGAUAUGCGAAGAAGUCUAGGCGUGAUCGACUACCACAACCGAUGA